AUUCUUUAAAUUUUGCAUAGAUUUUCCCUUGAAAUUGUUUCGGGCUGACUACUACGUACAACCACACCACACUCACUGCUAGAGCGCACCCCAGCUCUGGAACUUUCGUGGGCUGCUUGGUUGGAAGUGGGUGGGCUUGCAACCCAUGCAAACAUCCUCGGUGUUCUUAGCUGCCAAGCCUUUCUCGGCUCCCGUUCGUGUGAGGUCUCUGAACGCACCGAGCACCGCAAAGGAUCCGGGUUCGAUGUCGGCGGCGGCUCCUAAGUGGGCUCAGAAGACCAUAACGCUGCCUCCCCAGAGAAGAGGCUGUCAUCUCAUCACCCCCAAGAUAAUGAAGGAAAUUGCACAAGAUCUGUCAGAAUUUCAGUGUGGCCUUGCUCAUCUCUUCCUGCAACAUACAAGCGCUUCUCUUACUAUCAAUGAGAAUUACGACUCUGAUGUUCGAGAUGAUACAGAGACAUUCCUCAAUAGGAUAGUUCCUGAGGGAAGGUCUGCACCUUGGAAACAUACGAUUGAAGGCCCAGAUGAUAUGCCAGCCCAUAUCAAAUCUUCAAUGUUUGGCUGCACGCUGACGGUUCCAAUUACAAAUGGUCAGCUUAACAUGGGAACCUGGCAGGGGAUAUGGCUGUGUGAACAUCGUGACAACGCUACUCCACGCAAUGUUGUGGUUACACUCAAUGGAAUAUAGGGGCUUGAAUAUGCCAAAGGUUUCUGUUUAUUUUCUUUUUCUGUGUAUGCAAAACAAUAUUGUACUUAAUUUGUCUACUUUACAACGUCUGUCUGACGUGUGGGUAAGAAUUCAGACCAUUCCGUGGCGGCGUUUAGAUUGCUUAUUUUUACAAUUCAUGAUAGCCGCAUUUCGUGUCCCCCAGGAGUUUGAAAAAACUUUUGACAAAAUCAAUCUAAGAUUGACUUUCAACAUAGAAAUGAA